AUGGCCAGCAGCAGAGACUCGGACAGUGAGCAGGUGGUGCCUGAUGAGGAGGAGGAGGGCCCGGACGUGAAGGCGGUGCAGGCUCACUAUCUCCGCAGCCCCUCGCCCAGCCGGUAUUCAAUAAUAUCGGACACUGAUACAGAGAGCAUCUUCAUGGAUCCUAUCCAUCUGUCAUCUGCUGUGGCUGCCAAACAAAUAAUCAAUGAAGAACUGAAGACAAAGGACAUCAAGGUAGAUGCAGUGUGUCCCAGGAUGUUAGAGUCUGCACAGCAGUUGAUGGUGGAAGACCUGUACAACCGAGUUAAGGAAAAGAUUGAUGACACCAGCUUGUUUAACACACCAUGUGUGAUGGACUUGCAGAGGGCACUUGUGAAGGACAGGCUGGAGACCCCCAGAGACGCUGUGGAUGAAGUCUGGCCUAAUGUCUUCAUAGCAGAAAAAAGUGUCGCAGUGAACAAAAGCCGUUUGAAGAGACUGGGGAUCACACAUGUCUUGAAUGCAGCUCAUGGUACAGGUGUAUACACAGGACCAGGCUUCUACAAUGGUCUGAAUAUCCAAUACAUGGGCAUUGAAGUGGAUGAUUUUCCAGAUAUGGAUAUCUCCAAACACUUCCGUCCAGCUGCAGAGUUCCUGGAUGAAGCACUGCUGACUUACAGGGGAAAAAUCCUUGUCAGCAGUGAAAUGGGAAUCAGUCGCUCAGCUGUGCUGGUGGCUGCUUACCUGAUGAUCUACCACCAUAUGACCAUUCUGGAAGCUCUGAUGACUCUGAGAAAGAAGCGUGCCAUUUACCCCAACGAUGGCUUUCUCAAACAGCUAAGGGAGCUCAAUGAGCAGUUGUUGGAAGAACGAGAGUUGGAUCAUACAGGAGAUGAAGAUGUCACUCCUAGUCAAAGUCCUGUUGCCCACGCAGGGACGUCUUCCCGGCUGUCUGGAGUUGGGGACUCAGAAAGCGUAAUAGGAGCCAAAGCCCACUCCAUCACAGUAGAAGAAGAGGACACCAGCAGCAUGCUAGGUAGUCUUAGGAGCUCUUCAUCAGUGGGAAAAACCAGCUGGGCUUCGAAACACUCCACCUUCAUCAGUGAGGAGGAAGAGGAACAGUUGUAUGAGGAAUGGAGGAAGAAAGAAGGCCUGUCUGUAAAGGAAUCAACAAUUAACCAUGGAAGAAGAACAUCUCCAAUGCUUCUGGCUCAGGAAGAGGAACAAUCUGAGGAGGAUGUAGAACAGCGAAUCCACGACUGGCAGUGCAGAAAUGAGAAAUACCAAAUGGGGAGUCCACCCAGGGAGGAGGAUGGAGAUUCCAGAAUGGGAGGAAGACCUUCCCCAUCAGGUGAAUUUAGUGAUGUUGAGAGUGUGAGCAGUUUUGAGAUCCGAACCCUAAAACAACAGCUAGAAGCCAGUAGCUUUAGCAGGAUGAGGAGGAGCCGCACAGACUCUGUGUCUUCCGAGAGCACCUGGGACAUGUGGAACCAGAGGCUCCUGGAGAUUGAGAAGGAAGCUGCUCAAAGGUAUCAUUCUAAGAAUAAAAAUACUGGGGAGAGGCGAUCCUCAGAAACAGGAAGGGAGGAGAGGGAUGUGGAUGAGGAAAGUGUGUUUUCAGACAGUAGUUCCUUUUAUAAUUUCUGCCAAAAGAACAAAGACAAGUUGACUCCUCUAGAAAGGUGGAAGGUCAAGAGGAUCCAGUUUGGUUUUCACAAGAAGGAUUUAGAAUCAUCCUCAUCUUCUGCACCAUCUCCAGCUGAAGAUGGCAGACAGGCAGAUGGAGAGGAGACUGAAGGAAAGAGUUUGUCAGAUAUUAACCUGAGUGCUUACCAAGCUUGGAAAAUGAAGCGGCAGAAGAAGGUGGGCAGUGAAAGCAAGGAGGAAUUUGUGGAGUUUGCCAAAAGUGAAGAUUCUGCUUCAGCUAAAAAGAAGCAGAGGCGUAUAGAGCUACUUGAACGUUCAAAGAAAAUCUUAGAAGAAAGCCAGUCCAUGUGCAGCUGGGAGACAGACAGUACAAUGAGUGGGAAUAUCCCACUGUCAGCUUUCUGGAGCUCAGCACCUUCUGCAAAUGGUGCUGAGGAUGCAGCUUCUACACUGAGCAUGCAGACAAAUCAUUCAUCUUUAUCCCAGACCAGGAGCAGCACCGGGGCAAUGCAGCCGAGUACACCCCUUCCCAAUCUCCAAGUUGGCCCAGGUGGCACAAUAUCCAUGGCAAGCAUUCAGAACUGGAUUGCUAAUGUGGUCAGUGAAACCAUUGCUCAAAAGCAAAAUGAAAUAAUGAUGCUGUCCCGUCCAUCGUCUGCAAUGGCCUCCAGCAUAAUGUCAGGAGACCUUGGCAGGCGUACAGAUGAUGAUAAGGUUUCCCUUCUCAGUGCUCAGAGUGGCUCAUCUCUUGCUGCCUCUCAGCUCCGCCAGCAGGACAUGCAGAGGGCUGAGUCUCAGUCUGUCCUGUCCUGCAAGUCCUCAGCAAGUACAAGGACAGACGGGACUGGUUCAAACAUGAAGACUACGCAAACAAGCAAACCACUGUACAGCCUCUUUGCUGAUGAUGUUGACCUAAAGAAGAUCAGGAGGAAGGAGAAGGAGAUGCAAAUGGAAAUGAGAGAGAAAAUGUCAGAUUAUCAAAUUGAAAAGGUGGUCAGAGACAAUAAACGCAGCACUUUGUUUAAAAAAAAGGUGACCAAAGGAGAGGAAAAUGAAAUAGAAGAUGACACAGAGAGUACAAGAAAUAGCCACAGGCACCCUUUGCAAGCAGAUCUUGACAGAAAUGAUACAAUCUUUGCUCUGUCCAGUCAAUCUGCAAACACAGGUGCACAAAAAUCAGAACUAGAGACUGAUAUUACAAAGUGGCUCAGUGGCCUGAAAGCAGAGAAAGAAUCAUCAUAUCAUGAUCAAAGUGAGAAGUCUAGAGAGAAAUAUAGCAGGUCAUCCAAAGUUAGAGAGAUGGAUUCUGAAACAUCCAGUUACAGAUCCUCAAGAUCCCAAAAAGAAGAGCUAGACAGCUGUUCCUCCUAUGAGUCAAAAGGAGAUUCACUGAGAACCAUGUCAAGAUUUUCCUCUGCUUCUGCAAAAGAGGACAAAAAGAUGUAUACAUUCACAAGGUCAAGGGUCAGCGAGACAAGUUCUGGAGAAAAGAGCCCAGAGCUGCAUGGUUUCAGCCAAACACCUGAACCCUCCUUUGACUCUGAAUCCCCUGAACCAUCUACACAGAGUCGAGUCAGAUCUCAUCACGUGGAGGCGUGUGAAGAGGAGGCCAGGUCAGACGUGUCAGAAUUUGGAGCUAAGAGAAAGUUCACCCAGAGCUUUUCAAAGUCUGAAGAGGAUGGAAAGAAAGAGGCAAAAGUGGAACUAAGUGAAGAAAGAUUUGCAUCUAGACAGUUCUCUCAGUACAGGAGAAACAUGCGGAAAGAGGAGGAAGAAGAAAUGGAUGAUGAUGCUAUUAUUGCUGCUUGGAGAAGCAGACUAGAAGAAACUACUGCAAAGCUCCGGCGGAGAAAGGAAGAGUGA